AUGGCGCUCCUGUUCUUCGUCGUUUUCGCGUAUGCGAGCACAAGUACCGUCGAUUGGCCGAUCCUAGCAGCAGCACCAUCAUCUGCUGAAACUCAUCCCGAAGGUCAUCGCAUGCUUAGCAUUCCCACGACCAACAACAGCAGCCAGGGCUACAGCAAGGGCAACAGCAAGGGCAACAGCAGCAACCCUAUUGACCACCAAAAUUCCGAUACAAGCAGCUGUAACACCUCUAGGUUAUGUCAUAACGGUCUUUCAAGCAAGCGGGUCCCACACCUGCUGUGGGGUCUUUUUCAAAGCAUUCCGGAGCAGCAGCUGUCGCAGGCAUCCACAGGUUCGGAGGAUUCACGAAGAGAGGAUAAGGAGAAGGAUAAGGGGAAGGAGGAUAAGGAGAGGGAAGGGCGACAACGAGGGGACCAGAUUUGGCUGGGAAGGGAGGGGAAAGCAGAGGCGGAUUCGCCGUUUUUGAGCCUUGAGUUGCUUCUCCCGUCAGCAAGAGCAGCGGGCAUUUACUUUGUGCGCCGACCAGAGGGGACGGAAGAGGGGGCGGAAGAAGGAGAUGAAGAGGGGGAGGGUGAGGAGCAGCACGAAGAGGAGGAGAGGGAGGAUGACGAGGCGUGGUCACAGUUGCAACAUGAGGCAGCUGCUGUAAGCGGCCGUGCCUCGCAGCAGCACAACCUUUACCAGGACAACCAUCACCCGCCCGCCUUGCCUCACUUGCACCCUCCUCAGUCCCGUUCUCCGCGGCACCGCCUGAGCUUGCUCAAGAAAGCGUUGUCUGAGGAUGACGUGGCACCCCCCUCGCGGCGCCGGCAGCUGAUCAUGAAUUGGCUGAAGGACGCGUUUUCGGAGGACGACAAUGCCGAGGCAACCCGUCCCCGCCGCCAGCUCAUCAUGAACUGGUUAAAGGACGCGUGGGUGCGCAGCGUGGCGUUCCGCCUGAACGGCGACCCGCGGGAGGACCGAUUCCUGGUCGGCAGUCAGCAAGACCAGGGCUACCAUUUGAUCCCUGAGGUUGGGCCCCCGCGAGGACCGAUUCCUGGUGGGCAGUCAACAAGACCAGGGCUGCCAGUGGCAGUGGACGGAUGGGGUGGUUGGACCCAGCUGGCGGAGCCCUUUUGUGCGGAACUUGACAUCGGAUAUGGAUGUGCGCUCACACCCACGCCUGUCACGGGCGACCCUCUUGACUCUCCUCCCUCCCCUUCUCAUCUUCCCAUCCAUCCUUCCCCCCCCCCUCUGCCUCUCUAG